GGGCUGUUCAAAAUCCCCGCCUGGAGCCCAGGGCCAGGGCUUGGGGCCAUGGAUGUUCUUGUACCCUCAGGUGUGCAGCUAUUGGAUGAAGCGCAGGCAGGAGUCCGGCUGCUGAAAGCCCAGCUGAACAACGUCAGUGCAGCGCGAGCAGCAGUGCCAGGUCGCUGCAGUCACCUGCUGCCAAAGUUCUCCAGGAGCUGGAGGUUUUACAGUGGAAACCUCUAUUACUUUUCACAAGAAAAAAAGUCGUUUGAUGAGGCCGAGCGGUUCUGUGUGUCUCAGGACUCGCACCUGACCUCUGUCUCCUCCCAGGCAGAACAGGUGAGUGCAGGAACCUCCGAGGGGUUUGGAUAA